GACACCUCGGGACAGUGUAGAUAACAGGGUUACGAGCGCAAACCGCGCAGUGCGCAUGCAAGACGUUGCCAGAGGUGUUCGAGGAUCUUCUGAGAGAUUUGCGCUCAUACUAGCAUCGACGCAAGAUGAAGUACAUUUUCAUCACAUUCAAAGGAGGCGAAUGUGGAUAUUAUAAAGAGUAUGCCGAUACAUACGCCAAGAUGCACGAUCAUCACCUUUUAAAAGGACACCUCAUUAUCAAUGCAAAGGAAACAGACGAGGACGUUUUUGAAGUUGACCUGGUAAAUCUGGAAAUGCUGCAUUCUAAAAAGAACGGCGACGGAUUCAUAGAUUGUGACGAAAAACUUGAAAAAAUUGCGAGAGGAAUCAAAGCGCACAUGUGAAUGUAAGCAGCUGCAGACAAUCGAUUGGCGACUAGUGCGCCAUCGGUCUGCAGCGGGAUUCACCAACCACAUUGCGCUGACGUAGACUGCAGAAACGAACGGCCUAAAAUGGAGCUGUUGACACUCUCGAUCGGCUUCACAAACUCGCUGUGCAAUAAAUUACCUCCUUUAUAUAUACGUUACGUUCGCGCCCUAUGAUAUUGUCAACAUUAUUCAAUUAUGACAUGGGCUUAAAUGUGAUUAUAUAUUGCGAUUUUGUGAGUAAGCUGAGCUUAUCAAUAAGUAACUUGAUGCAAACGUCAACCACUGAUGACGAGGCAGGAGGAAAGCGGAAAGCUGUCCUGCUUUUGAAAUACACGGUUGCCAUUUGUUGGGCUGCGACGCCUGACGUUGAACUUGGUCAUUUUUAUUUUAGUUGAUUUGCAUACUACUUUUGGUAUGUGUAUUCUAAUUUAAUUAAAAAAUAUUCGAUAGAAUAUUUUCAUUACAUUGUAGUAUUGUACUACGGUGAAAUAUUAUAUAUAUAUAUAUAUAU